GUAACGGAGGGGACGGACGGAGAGUCCAUGGAAGCUGUUUCAGAGCCAGGAUCAUCAGGGGAUGUUGGAGACCCAAUUCUUGUUAGCGGGGCUUCUCCUAGACUCUCUGAAAAUGGAGGGGAGAAUAACUUUGUUGCUGAAAAAGAUGGUGAAAGUCAAGAAACGGAGGCAGCUGUGGUCCCUAGUCCUGUAUCUGCAUCCCCUCUAAAUCUAUCCCCGUCACAGAUGUCUUUGUCGACAGAAGAGACAGUCAGCACAGUUUUGGUUCAAGGUGGUGAGACAGGUAGCACCUCAGAGUCUGAAAAAGAGUGUACUGAGGUAAAAACUGAGGAAGAGUUUGAGGUAAAAGAAGAAAAUGUGGGCGCAAAGGACAACAGCGUAGAGGAAAGUACCACAGGACCUGAUGUCAGUGAGAACUCAAACAUAGAUGAGACUUCUGAUUGCAAGAAUGAGAUAAACACAGAUGAAAAGAUGGACCCAGACAUUGAUGCUAAGGAGGACAUUGACACUGAACGGGAGUCUCUUGGCUGUAAAUUGAGGGUUUCUACAGCGGACGACCUCGAUGAGAUGAUGGACAUUGGGACAGUGGAUCAGGUGGAACAGGAAGCUCAGAUGAAAGAGGAGGAGGAGCAGAAUAGUUUGAUGGAAGAGGACAGCAGCCCAUCACCUGUCAUUUCAAAUACAGCCUUAGAGGCAGAGCACAGUAACUCUGUUAAGGAGGAAACUGAUGUGAAACCCACUGUGUCACCACCACCCGCAGAGGAGGACGUCAAAGUGGCUGUAGAGUCGAUGCAGUCCAGCUCAUCUCCAUCGUCUGAAGCCACGACUAGUGCAGGAAGGAACAGCUCAUCUCCUGCCACCAUGAUGAACGGGUUGAAAGUAGUUAAGCUAUCGGACAAUAAAAGUUUACAUUCUGCCAAUCAGCCUGUCAAGUCAUCUCCUUCACCACCUUUGGUCAAGGUGAAGGAUGAACCUGUAGACGAAGAGUACGAGCAUGCUCUAAUAUCCUCGACAUCUACAGCUAGCGUGAAAGAUGAGCCCAACACUGCAAAGGAGGACUUAAGGAUCGGCUCGGUCUUCUCUGUGACCCCAGCUGCUGAAACACUGCCCGUCGUCAGCCCCUCGGCGUUGCACAUGUCCUGUUCCAAUUGCAAGAAGAGCCUGAUGAAAGGACAGACAGCGUUCCAGAGGAAAGGCUCCCCAGCACUCUUCUGCUCCACUGCCUGCCUCACCACAUCUCUCACUACAGUCAAAGGAGUCACAAAGACCUGCCACAACUGCCAAAAGUUGAUAUUCCGGCCUCAGGACGUCAUUCUGGCUCCAGAUGCUAAAGGAGCCAUGAAGGAAUUCUGCAGCCAGACCUGCCUGACCUCUUUCAACUACAAGAAAAACAUCAAUGUUAAAAAACCACCGCAACCAAUAGCACCACAGUCACUCUGCAGCAUGUGUACCAGAUACUGCAUUAGCAAACAUGAGGUGGUCCUGAGCGGUGCUGUCCACAAGAUCUGCAGUGACGCCUGCUUUAACCGUUUCCGCACAGUGAACAACCUGUCCUUGGCCGGCUGCGUGAACUGCGGCUCCUACUGCCACAGCAAACCGCUCAUGCUGAAGGUGGAAGACGGCAACAAAACUCUGUGCAAUGCAGAGUGUCUGGCCAAGUACAAAGAGAAAACCAAGACAACCGUGCCUUGUCUGAUGUGUCGCACUACCCGGUUGCUGGCAGAAAUGGUUGAAAUCAAAAACAGCGAUGAUUCUGUGAACCUCUUCUGUAGCAGCAGUUGUGUGAUGGCAUUCAAGGUCCAGACUGUCAGUGCGUCAGGUACACGUUUGAAUUGUGAUAAUUGUGGGAAAAACACCGUACCGGCCUACCACCUGGCCAUGUCUGAUACCUCCAUCAGGAACUUCUGCACUCUACCUUGUGUCAUGGCUUUUCAGGACAAGUUCAAGAAGUCCCAGAAACAGGUGAAUGUUUUUACCAAGUUGCCAGCUGGAUCUGAGGUUCAGGCUGUUACUCCUACCCAACCUCAGCAAGACACCCCCAAAGGACCCCAGAAACUAAACUGCUCCCAGUGUGCCCGCAGCAUAACUUUUAAACCCGAGCUCAUCCAGAUCAAGGACAAGGUUGUUUUCGUGUGUAACAUGGACUGUGCCCAGGAGUUCAAGAAAGCCAACUUUGUGACAAGCCUGUGUGAAUACUGUAAGAUUGAAAAGAUCACCAGAGACGCCAAGAGAAUCAACAACAAAGACUGUUUCUUCUGCAGCGACGGCUGUAAGCUCCUCUUUCGACAUGACCUGACUAAAAACUGGGGGAGACACUGUCACUCCUGCGUCUACUGCCAUUGUGUGUCCAAGAAGCUGGUGACAGCACAGUAUGGAGGCUCGACUGAGGAGUUCUGCUCUGAGGAGUGCAGGUCCAAAUACACCAUGCUCUUCUGCCAUGUUGCAAAGUGUGACACCUGCGGCCGCAAAGGGAAACUGAAGCAGAGUCUUCCCAUGCUGGGAGAGGUCAAACACUUCUGUGACCUGCUUUGUCUGCUUCAGUUCUGCUGCGAUAAAGUGGCUUCGCAGGGCGAGGUUCUCAGAGAAACAGGGGAGCCCACACCUGUCAUCGCCAAUGUCAUCUCGCUUGCAGGCACUCCAACAGGGAAAUCCAAUGCUUCUGACAUAUCUGCCCAGCAAAGCACAGUCUCUGUCUUUCAAUCAAAGAAGACUGGACAUAUCAGUAUUCAGACAGAUCCAGUGAAAACUUAUCCUCCUCCUGGCCCCAAAAUCCUGAAGAACAAGGCUCUGCUCUGUAGACCGCUGGUGCAGAACAAAGGGGUCUCCUGUAAAACACAGACAGCCGAUGUUGAAGCACAGACAGAUGAUGCUUUCCCUAAAAUCAUGGUUGUGCCUAUCCCAGUGCCGGUAUAUGUUCCUGUACCCAUGAACAUGUACAGCCAGUGUACACCCAGACCUGUGGGCCUGCCAGUACCGCUGCCUGUGCCCAUGUUCCUUCCUGUGACAAUGGACAGCGCUGAACGCAUCGUAGAAACCAUCCAGGAGAUCAAAGAGAAGAUACCGUCUGACCCCUUCGAGGCGGAGCUCAUCCUCAUGGCUGAGAUGGUUGCAGAAGAAGAGGAGAAGAAUGACAAACAGAAGAGAACAAAGGAGAAAGUGGUGGAGAAAGAGAGACAAGAAGCACCUGCAACAUUUGACCACGCCAGUAACUACAGUGACGACUUGGACACGGACGACUUGGCCAGUUUCCUCAACAACUGGGAGGAAGCAUCUUCCGACACAGGUCUCAGGUCUCCCAGUCAACCGUUCGCCCCUGAGAAGCUCAACCCGAUUCUAGACAUUCCUGUGGGCAUGUCCAGUGAGCCUUACGCCGAGCCCCCACCUCUAGCACCCCCUGCCAUGGACAUCGAAGCUGACUUCACUGUUGAAACUCUGGAGAAUAUGGCUCGGCUCAGAGAGCAUUCCCAGAGAUCCCCGAGCCCUCCGCCUGCUGUUCCACGACGACGACAAGCUCACAGGAAAGCCAGAGAAAAGAAGGGUCGUAAGUCACAACGAACAUCUAAGGCAGCUGAAGCGUCGUCUCAAAGAGCUCCUUUCAACAAGGUCGUGCCUUUAGACGUGCCAAAACUGAAGAGUCAGUACGGCGUUGAUGCCUGGAAGCGAUGGAUCCAGUGGAGGCAAACUCAACCCAACCUGGAGAAACCACGCUUUGGUUCCCGUCCCAUGGAGUUGAAGGAGGACGUUCUUCGCUCUACUACUGCUGAGCUGAGCUAUGGCCUCUGUUGCUUUAUCACUGAGGUGAAAC